UGGGCGCUCCGGGGAGUCUCAAAGUUUGUGUGUGGAGCCGUAGUGGGGAGCGGGCUGUGGCGAAGGGGUUUCUCGGGAUGAAAGCUGGUCUCCGGCCGGUAUCCCGGAGGCGCCCCCUGCUCUAAACCCUGCAGCCUUCGACCCGGUCCUCGGACAGUGUCUCCCCGGGGACCCCCAGAUCUCGGAGGACACCGGACGGGAGCCCUCGGGAGUGUCCGGCUGGGGAGCGGGGUGUCUCCCCCCUGCGUGCACAAGCCACACGCGUGCACACACACUCACACGCGCACACACACUCACACGCGCGGGCCGACCCCCCUGCGCCGCGGCCCCGCCCGCGCCCCUCCUGCCCUCAGCAUCCCCGGCCCGCGCGCCCCGACCGCCAUGGAGGUGCUGGAGAGCGGGGAGCAGGGCGCCCUGCAGUGGGACCGCAAGCUGAGCGAGCUGUCAGAGCCCGGGGAGACCGAGGCGCUCAUGUACCACACGCACUUCUCGGAACUUCUGGAUGAAUUUUCCCAGAAUGUCUUGGGUCAGCUCCUGAAUGACCCUUUCCUCUCUGAGAAGAACGUGUCAAUGGAGGUGGAGCCAUCCCCAACCUCCCCAGCACCUCUCAUCCAGGCCGAGCACAGCUACUCUCUGUGUGAGGAGCCCCGGGCUCAGUCACCAUUCACCCAUGUCGCCACCAAUGACAGCUUCAAUGAUGAUGAAGUGGAAAAUGAGAAAUGGUACCUGUCUACAGACUUCCCUUCAACAACCAUCAAGACAGAGCCCAUCACGGACGAGCCACCCCCAGGACUUGUCCCCUCUGUCACUCUGACCAUCACUGCCAUCUCUACCCCUUUUGAAAAGGAGGAGUCCCCUCUGGAAAUGAACACUGGGAUUGAUUCCUCAUGCCAAACCGUUAUUCCGAAGAUUAAGCUGGAACCUCAUGAAGUGGAUCAGUUCCUGAACUUCUCUCCUAAAGAAGCCUCCGUGGACCACCUCCAUUUACCGCCCACCCCUCCCAGCAGCCACAGCAGCGACUCGGAGGGCAGCCUGAGCCCCAACCCACGGCUGCAUCCCUUCGGCCUGCCCCAGACCCACAGCCCAGGCCGCGCAGGGCCGCGGGCCCCCUCUGCGCUCUCCACGUCUCCGCUUCUCACUGCGCCCCACAAACUGCAGGGGUCAGGCCCCCUGGUCCUGACAGAGGAGGAGAAGAGGACCCUGAUCGCUGAGGGCUAUCCCAUCCCCACCAAGUUACCCCUAACAAAAUCAGAGGAGAAGGCCCUGAAGAAGAUCCGGAGGAAAAUUAAGAACAAGAUUUCUGCCCAGGAAAGUAGGAGGAAGAAGAAAGAAUACAUGGACAGCCUGGAGAAAAAGGUGGAGUCAUGUUCAACUGAGAACUUGGAGCUUCGGAAGAAGGUAGAGUCUCUGGAGAACACCAACAGAACUCUCUUGCAACAGCUGCAGAAGCUGCAGACUUUGGUGAUGGGCAAGGUUUCUCGCACCUGCAAGCUGGCUGGCACACAGACAGGCACCUGCCUCAUGGUGGUCGUGUUAUGCUUUGCCGUUGCAUUUGGCAGCUGCCUGCAGGGCUACGGGCCCUAUCCUUCCGCCACCAAGAUGGCGCUGCCCAGCCAGCACUCCAUGCAGGAGCCCUACACAGCCUCUGUGGUGAGAUCCAGGAACCUGCUGAUCUAUGAGGAACAUUCGCCUCUGGAGGAGCCGUCCAGCCCGGCCUCGGCCGGGGAGCUUGGGCGGUGGGACAGAGGCGCCUCUCUGCUCAGGGCCUCAGGGCUGGAGCCCCUGCCGGAUGUGGAUCUUCCCCAUUUCAUUAUCUCGAACGAGACCACCCUGGAGAAAUCCGUGCUCUUAGAGCUGCAGCAACACUUGGUCAGCACCAAACUGGAAGGCAACGAAACGCUGAAAGUUGUAGAACUCGACAGAAGAGUGAACGCCACCUUCUGAGGAGGCCGUCCCCACCCUUGCUCUUUCUUGUUACCGUAUCUUUACGUCCCCAACUACCUUUGUUGUAGCUUUUUCUUUUUGCCACCCAAUCUUGACAAAGACACGGGCAAGUCAUGGGCAAGAUCCGGACGUGGCUUUAAUGGAGGGACAGCCUGGGAUUUCCAGAGGUGGUGAGAACACCUUCCCCUGGGCCCCGCGCCCCUCUCUGUAGAAGGGACCCCAGCAUCUCUCCUCCCUUUCUCUUACUGCUCUAGGAGAUUAUUUUAGGGUCUGGGGUGGGCAAGCAGGCUUGUUUCCACCAACAAUGCCAAAAAAGUACUGCCUGAUUCCCACCACCGCUUCUGUGACCACCGCUUUGAAGAAGACAAGAACACUCACUCAUUCGAGACUCCAGACUCUAGCCACGAAAGGGCCCGGAUGCCCGUAGGGCCCUGGCAAAGCACACUGACUGAUGGACGUCCUGCCCUCCCCUCGCCUGGGUCUCCGUGUCGCCCCCAUCAGCUCUGGACCUGCCAGGGCAUCCUGGGAGCACCGUGCCGCCGCGCCCCAUCCGAGCCCUCGCUGGUUGUCCUCCCGGUGCCGAGGGAGGCUCCUCCGUCACAUUCUCAGGCCGCAAGUGCAAUGCCUGAAGGAAUCAGGCUUCUCUACUCCAGGCGAACCUGCCCCAUCUCGAUGCUUGUAGGAUUUCUCCGUUACCGGUGUCCCCACACGCCCAUAGUUCUGCCUUCCUGCUUCUCCUCCCCGUUUGUAAAUAGUAUUUAUUAGCUUGCUGAGACUUCCCACCAGCAACCACACUGAAGAGAUUCAACACCUCCUCAAGCCAGCAAAGCCUCUCCUCGGCCUUUGGAGCAGGGAGGGCAUCCUGGGCUCUGGGGUCUCCGUAUUUGUUUCUUUUCUUCUUUUGUUACUGGGGGUCUGUGAUUAGAGUCGGGAAAUCUCCCAGAGCAGGUUUCCCCCUGUAGAGGGGACUCGAAGGAAGCUGGACAAAGCCUUGCUCUGGCCUGUGGCUCUGUGGCCCGGGGCUCCUCCUGUCCUGUGUCCAGAGCAGAGAAGGGCUCCUGGCCCUGGCCCUGGCUCUCUGGACAGCCUUGCUGACGUGUCUCUCCACACCUGGUCCUGACCCCUCCUCACACACUGCGCGACCCUCCUCUUCUGCUUACACGUGGGGGAGGGGGAUGGACCUGAGGCCCAUUCCUGGGGCCGGAGAAGGUGGCAUUUGUCUAUCUGGUCUUACCUUUCCUAGUCAGGUUUGGCUACUUUGCAGCUCACCCAAAGAAAUACCACCUCACCCCCAACCUCCUUUAAUUUUUUUUAAUGAUUAAAAGUAAUAUUUGUAGUUUAAAAAAAUCUUUCUUCUUUCAUACAAAUAAGAAAUGGAAAUUGCCUUUUUAUUGUAUAACAUAGAAGAUGCCUCUUAAGUGUUUUUCCCUGACUUGUAAAAGGUUUUGUGUAGGAAAUGUGCUUACAUAUUGUAUUUUGUUGUUAGUGGUGGCUGAAAAGCCUCUUGCUUUAACUACUCUCCCUCCCUCUCUUUCUCUCUCUCUCUCUCUUUCUCUCUCUCACUCACACACACACACACACACACUCACACAUACACACAUACACACAACCCUGUCAUUGGACCCUGUCCUGUGGCGAGAUAGCAGGAUCUCGUCCACACCUGGGCCUUCCAUUCCAUGCCAGAAACAGGAUUUGGUGCCAUCUACAUUAAUCUCAUGAGCAAAUCCCAGCCUUGUCAGCCUAGAUACUUUGUGGGAGUCACCGUGAUUCCUUUCUCCCGACUGUGGAAAGUUCCAGGCAGGAAGAUGGCCAAGUUCAUCUUCCCGUGGUAUGUGCAGCCGGGUUGGUAUUGGUGGCCCUGCUGUCUGCACGGAUCCUGGUCCCUUACCUCAGCCAGAGAAGACUGAGUUUGUCCGAGCUCUGUGUUAUGGGGCCUUCCUAGCAUGUCCCCCCAAAUCUGCUCCCUUCUCUCCUUCCCUUCUGCUCUAGCUGCUUCUGGGCCUGCUGGUAUGGCUGGUAUGUGGUCUCUGUGGACCAUGGCUCACCCCAUCCCUCCCUUUAAAAUAGCAUGUGAUUAUCAGUCAUAGGCAGCCGGAGGCAGAAGGGGGCCUGAGAAGGUAAAAAGAUGGGGUGAGCUGGAAUAAUAUUUGUGUGAUGAGGGUAGGUUCGUAUUUAAGGACAUGUGUGAGAAUGGACUCAGCAGCCACCCACCGCAGUGGGGCAGAUCAGGCUCUGAAGGCCCUGACGCUGCAGAGUGGGCACUGCCCUUCUAGGCGGGGAGGAGGAGAGAGCAGGCAGCAGGUGCCCAGCCCCUGUCCUCACUGCCUGGAAACUACUCCCCCUACCCCGCGCCCCCUGCUCUCAUCACUCAGCAGACCCCCACACGGCAGACUUUGCUCUCUGAGAAGCUGUUCUCCCAGACCUCUGUCUCCGGAGGUGCGGCCACCAGCCUGAGAGCUCACGUGGCUGUUUUAGGGCCUCCAAGUACCCAUGUGAUGCUGUUUGAGAAGAAACCUCCACCUUCUGCUGCUUACUUAGGGGGUAGACAAGGGGACUCAAUGGUUAUCCCUUGAGGGGGAUGAGAAGGAGCCCAGAAGACAUAGAAGGGUUCGUGACAUCCUCCACAGGCUUGGCUAACAACCCAUGCCCACGUCCUUGCUCUGGGAUUCACCCCAGAACAGGUGCAUUUGUCUCCCCAAAGGGCAGCCCCUAGAACAGCCCCUCAAAUCUGGUUAGCCCUGAAGUCUGAUAGUGGCAGCCGAGGGCUUCCAAACACAAGACUGAGCGUGACCCUAAAGAAUAAACCCGUCCGUCAUAAAUACGUGGGUAGCGAGUUUCCACCUUGUAAAGAGGUUCCGCUCGCCCCUUUGAUGGCCGGGCGCAGAAGAUGCCCUUCCAGGCUUCAGAGAACUGGCGCUUGUUCCCCGGAUGAGACCUGAGUCACCCAGGCCUCCAGCGUGGCUCUUUUCACUCUCGACUGUGCACUGAGGGACAGAGCCUGUAAAUGAAAGGCCUCGGUGCCAGUUUUAGGAAAGAAUUCCUGCGAAGUGUUAGGACCCUGCAGCCUGGCUCACAGGAAGAGCGUUACAUAAAAUCCUGGCAGCUGAACUGGGCUGCUCCUUUCCAGCAGGGAGCAGGGGUGAGGUUUGACACCAGUGCAGGCAAAAUUAGGUAACCUUUUUAUUUAAUAUAAAUGAUUUUGAUCUGGAGGCCUAACUUGUAGCUUGCGGGCAGCUUUUAGCUCAACAUAUUUACAAACCAACUAUAAAUAUCACAGUUGGUUUUUUUUUUCCUUCUUCUUUCUCUGUUUAGCCCGAAUGCCAGAGAAGGCGAUGACUCUCAUGUGCCCAGAGAGUAGGCGUGUUGAUUGAUUCUUCUUUAUUCUGGCGGUGAGUCAGUGUCCGGAAUUUUUGUCACAAGUGUUUUAUUAAAAAUUUUCAGCACUCCGUGGCCACCUCCUUCCAUGUCCUCACACCAAGCCAAGCCGUAAAGACAGAACCGGUUGACCCUCCCAGCAAGCUCUGCUGGACAUGUGUCGCCCAAGCAUAACAUGGAAGUGGAGACAUCCCUCUCCCUAGUAAGAAAUGGACCCUCGCGUGCUGGCCUUGUUGACACGGGCAGAUUAGAGAUGAAGAAGGCUUUCAGCACCCCCUUAUCUGUUUUGAGUCACACGUUGGGUGAAGCCCACCUUUGAGGGGACUUUAUUAAAGCCCCAGCGCUCUAGCUUGUGAGGCUGGCAGGGCCUGUGAACCAUUAGCAGGGAAGACCCUAGCAAGACUCGUGUUAUUUGAAUGCUUUUCAGCUGGGACAAUUAGUAGAUGUGAUUGAAUGAGUCCCUCUGGGAGGGCAGAUUCCAGCUUUUCCAUUCUGUCCAUCAAUCCUAGGACUUUGCAGUUUUGCAUGAGGCUGUAGGCAAUGUAGAGGAAUCAGAGGGACUGAGGAAAUGUCAUCGAUCAAUAGUUAUUCAAGACACAAUACUGUCUCUCCCCCCCCCCAACACACACACAGACACACAAACACAUGCCUCCCAUGUCUUACACACUCAUUUGUGCCUUAAAUGUGUCAUAUAUGAAUCCAGGGUGACCGAGGAAUCCCAUGUCCCUGGGAGAUUUUCUUUACACCUUUGUAAUACUAGACUGAAGUGGGUGAGGGACAAAGAACUUUUCCUAACAGACACAAAAAAUGGCCUCAAAGCACAUCCUGAUCAAAUUUGCACAUCAGGAGAAAACAAACAGGGUCACACGUGCAUUAGGAAAACCCCAUCUUGAGGGGGCACAGCCACAUCGAUGAGUGACCCUGCAGGUGGCAGGUGCUCUGAGUUCUCACAGCAUAGCAUUUUUGAGGUGUCCAGGACCUCGGCCCCUUUGAGCAUGAAUUCUCUGUGCCUCUGUGGACAGUGGGUCAUCACUUAACACAGGCAAAGUCCAGGUGUUUUAUUUUUUGGGGGGGAGGGGCAACAUAAAAUUCAGGAAACCUUGUUUUUUUUUCAAUCUUGGUUCUAGAACGAAGGGAAAGAAUAGUUGUUGAACACUUCUAAGGUGCUGGCUGCAAAGCUAUGUAAGUUUUUGGUCUUAGGGAUAGAGAAAACAAGGGUAGUUACUAGGAGACAGAUAAACAGCUAAUGAUGGGGGUGAGGCAACAAUUUGUGGGUUUGGUUGAACAGAUGCCUCUUGGUGACAAGCUGUCAACAUUUAAGUUUCCUUGGCAGGAAAUGCAGCCCCUGCCCUGCCCCGGCCCCACCAUGCAAUGCUCGUGUCUUCUCCUCACGCUGGAUUUGUGUCCCACGUGUUCCUCUCAGGUCUUGUUCCUGCAGUCUUGCAAAUUCCAACUAGCAGUCUUUGCUUCCUGGAAAAGAAAACCCUGGGCUUUAGUUCUAAUCCUCUGCCCUGUCCUGUUCCCCAGCUGGGUGGCAGCAUAAAUAACUUGCACCACAGGCCCAUGGCCUCCACGGCUUAAAAAAAAAAAUCUCCCUUUCAGGUAAAAUGCUUUGAGUCUGUGGAAAACACCAGCACUCUGACACAUUGUGAGUGACUCUUUUUAAAUAAUGCUGAGACCCUGGACUCUAAUACCCCAUGAGCUUUACUGUCUGUGGGGACAGGCUGGGCUUUCUGGGUUUUGGAACAGGUUGUAUAGACUAGCAGCGUUUAAAUCUAGAGACAUCACGAGUCUAUUAUCUUGUGGUAUUGUGAUGGGUCGUUCUUUUUUUCCUUUUUUUUUUAAUGGCUUUAUAUUCUUUGUCAUAGCUAAGUAAAUACCAAAAAAAGAAAUGCUUUGUAGAAUACUUGUACUUAGUUUGGGGGGGGGAAUGAAAUCGUUAUGCUUUUGUAUUUCCAUUUCUUGCAAAUAAAAAUAUUUUUUCUUAAAUAGUAAAAGGUUGUCCAGUCUUUAAAAUUCUGGAGAUCAGGCUUGAAAGCCUUUGGCUUUGCCGAUGAGCAUGGAUUUGCAUAUGUGGGCCUAACCAUUCUUCCCUGAUUAUAUUAUCUAGUCAAACUGCAAGAAGAGUCUCAAGGCAUCCAUUUGUAUGUUAUCUUGAACUGAAUCCAAAUCUCAGCUGGAGGAAUAUGGAGAAAUGUAGUUGUUUUUCA